CACAUGUACAACAUGAAAAACAUACAAAGACACAACAAUAUGUCCAGAAAGGCUAAACACAAGCCAGGAUCGAAGAAACGAGAAAACAAAUGCAUCGUAAUGUUUGACGACAAAGACAGACAAGAGUAUCUCACCGGUUUCCAUAAGCGAAAGGUGGAAAGGAGAAAAGCAGCAGUGGCAGAAAUUCAAAAGAAAAUCAAGGAAGAGAAGAUUCGAGUCCGGGAGGAGAGGCACAAAGAGUACAUGAAGAUGUUGAAGGAGAGGAACGAAGCUCUGGUCGAUGCUGAAGAUGAUCUGGAAGAUGCCAUCAUGUGUACCACAGAGUCUGUACAGUACGAUCACCCCAACCACACCGUCACCGUGACAACCAUCAGUGAUCUUGACCUGACAGGGGCUCACCUGCUCGGACCCGCAGCAAAUCAGGCUAAUGGGGAGAAGGAAGAUGAAGAAAAGAGAAAUGAAGAGGAGGAGAAAACAAGUGCAAUGCCAAGAACAUCGAGGAAUCCAAUCACGAACAAAAAGAUCCGCUCUCUUACAGCGUCGCUCAGCACCUGCACCAGCAAGCGCAGGAAGAACAGGAAGCAGGAUAGACGAGGAGGACAAGGCCGUCCCACAGACAAGAGACUUCGUGGCUCAGAGAGUAAAAAGAGAGCAGGGAGGACAAGCAAGUGGCAGAGACGUCGACAGACUGGGAAGAGGGAGCAUCAUCAAGACUGAGAAAGUGUGUGUAAAGAUAUAAUGCAGGGUUCGGCCUCCCACAGGAGCCAAAACUGGAAUGUUUGUGCUCCUGUGUUUGCGCAGGACUUGUUGAAAUGUGUGUAAAAUGUACACGAGCUCCUCUGUGUUGAACUGUCUGAUGUGACAGUGUUUCCAAAGAACCUGCCUCCUGAAACCUCCUGCCCACAUUUGUACUUUGUCAGUUUUGUAGUGUGAUUUCAUAUCCCCACUGUGCUGUAUUUACCUACAUUUUGAUUAAAGGAAAGAUGAGUCUUGCUAAUAAGUCAAA